AUAUAUCCAGUUUGUAGAGAAGCCUUGUUGAGUGUGGAUGUGUGUCAGUCGCCUGAUAUUCGUAAAACAUGGUUAAGAAGAACAGCUUGGAAGCGUCGAGCAGUGGCAAGCCGGAAGCCACAGAAACGACCCCACUUGUAGCCAAAGUUGAAAAUGGCGGUAAUGGAGAUGACCCGAUUAAAGAAACCAGCGGCGGAGGACUCUCUAUGAAACAGACAGCUUUCCUGAUCGCCGGGGAAAUGGCCGGCAGCGGUGUACUAGCUCUUCCACGAGUUCUCGUUAAAACUGGAUGGUUCGGCGUGCCCCUCAUAGUGUUGAUGUGCCUUAUCGCAGCAUUCAGCGGGAAACGUCUCGGUGACUGUUGGACCAUCAUCGAAGGUCGCGAUCCUGAAAUGAGGACCAGAAAGAGAAACCCCUACGCCAUUAUCGCUGAACAGUCACUGGGAAAAAUGUGGAGUGUUGCUGUAUCUCUGGCGAUAAUAAUUACACAAUUUGGUGUGGCGGUGGUGUACUUACUGCUGGCUGCGCAGAUCGUUGAGCAACUAUUCAUGACCUUGAUACCGACCGUCACUAUUUGCAUCUGGUAUCUGGUUGUUGUCGGAGCGAUGACACCACUUAUGCUUUUUGGCAGCCCUAAAGACUUCUCCUUCAUGGGUGUCAUUGCUUUCUUCUCAACUUUCGUGGCGUGCAUUCUCUAUUUCAUUCAGAUGAUGAAUGACAUUAGACCGUUUGGCACGUUCCGUUGGGGUAUUCACGGGUUCAUGGAUUUCUUCCUUGCGUUCGGUACAAUCAUGUUCGCCUUCGGAGGCGCUUCUACCUUCCCAACUAUUCAAAAUGAUAUGGCUGAUAAGUCCAAGUUUAACAAGAGCUUGCAGUACAGCUUUCUUGCGAUCCUGGCUUUAUAUAUCCCAAUAGCAGUAGCAGGAUACGCAGUGUACGGCGAGUCUGUCGGCCCCAACUUUAUUACUUCCCUGUCAGCCACCCCAUUGACUCUCGUCGGCAACGUGCUCAUGGCGGUUCAUCUUGUAUCCGCUUUCAUCAUCCUCAUCAAUCCAGUCUGCCAGGAAAUGGAGGAGCUUUACAGUAUUCCUAGAGAUUCAGUAGGAUAUCGUACACUGGUUCGUUUAUCUAUCAUGGCGGGUAUACUCUUCAUUGGAGAGAGUAUUCCCCGUUUCUACACAAUCUUGGCUCUUAUCGGUGGAACCACAAUCGCCUUACUAACUUUCGUGUUACCGUCUUAUUGCUACCUGAACCUCGUCAACCAAACUCCAAGAGAGGGACAAGCUCCUGUCGAGGUUGCCGGCUGGGUUAAGCUGGUUUGCUGGGAGGUGAUCGUAAUAGGCGUGGUCGGCGGUGUCGCUGCCACUUACAGCGCUACGAGCGCCAUCUUCAGCACAUCGCAAGCAAUACCUUGCUACUUGCGGUAGAGCGCCAUCUAGCGGAUACUUUCGAUAAGACUUAUGGCGUUACCUUUAUUCAACUACAGAGAUCACCUUUUUCUACCGCAUUUUAUCCUCAAAUUUCUUAUCAAAAUGUGAAUGUGAUCAAAUAAUUACUCACAGAUCACUUUAAAAUUAGUCAAGACAAAAUAAUAACAAUUACAAAACUAGUGUUUCUUCAUUAUUACAUACUAUAAUAGUGAGAGUAUAUUUAAUAUAACUACGGUAAACAUUACCGUAAUAAUCAUUUACAAUUAAUUAUUUUCAAAUCAUAUCUAAGAAUUAGAUAUAACAUUCUUCAUUAGCCAUAGUAUAAUGUUCUAUAGUUAAAAAUCUAAUUAUAGUUUUUUUUUAUUUACUUCAUUAAGUAUAUUUUUAUUAUUUUCUAAAUCAUUGCAGGGAGACAAUGUUGUGUUGAUUUACAUAAUUGAUUAUUGACAAAUAAUUUAAUCAAGGGUUUAUACGUGUUAUAAGGAUAUUAAUCGAUUACAACGAUAUUGAAAAUGUAGCGAUGGUUACUUUUUUCAACCAAUCGUGUGAAUGAGUUGUUCUAUUAUAUUCUUGUAAAAAGACAACUAUUUUUAAUUAAAUAAAAUAUGG